AUGAGUACUACAAUUACCAUAAAGAAUGCUGGAAAGACUUACACUUUUGAUGUUGGUGCAAGUGACACUGGUAUCGAUUUGAAAAAGAAGAUUCAGGAACAGACUUUGAUUCCAUCAGAGAGACAAAAGAUCUUAGUCAAGGGGGGCAAAUUGAACGAUGACACUUUGUUAUCAACUUUGGAUUUCAGUAAACCAGUUAUGGUUUUGGGUACGCCAGACAAGUUGACGGCGCCUAUUGAAAAACCCAAAUUCAUUGAAGAUAUGGGAGAUGUUGCAAAAGUGGACAAUAACCCCGUGGGUAUUCCAAACUAUGGAAACACGUGCUAUCUUAAUUCAAGUUUACAGAUUCUCUAUCAAAUAGACGAUGUGAGGAACAAUAUUCAAGAGUACAAGGGAACUGACAAUUUCACAAUAGCGUUGAGAAACACGUUUCAACAAAUGGAAAAGAAACAAGGCUCGGUUAACAUUGCUCUAUUUUUGACUGUGUUCAGAAGUGUUUACCCUCAAUUUGCUGAACAAAGAAACGGGAUCUAUGCUCAACAGGAUGCAGAAGAAGCAUUUUCCCAGAUUUUGACCACGCUAAAGCUGAAUUUGAAAAUUGCCGAUUUAUUCAAACUCGAAUCCAAAGUGGAGACAAAGAGUUUGGCAAAUAAUGAAGAUGUUUCGUAUGGAAUUGAGGAUGCAUUCAAGUUAAAUUGUCACAUUGAUAUCAAAACGAAUUUCUUGAGAGAUGGUAUUCUUGGUGGGUUGACUGAAACAAUCACCAAGCACAAUGACACAUUGAAUGCAGAUACCGAGUAUGAAGUUUCCAAAAAGAUUACCAGAUUACCUAAGUUUUUGGUUGUGCAUUUCAUUAGAUUCUUUUGGAGAAGAGAUAUCAAUAAAAAGUCCAAGAUUUUAAGAAAAGUUCAAUUUCCAUUUGAGUUGGAUCUUUCUGAAUUUUUGGAUGAUUCAAUUAGAGAAGAAAAGAACAAGAAUCGUGAUAUAGUCAGAAAAGUUGAGAAAGAUAAUCUUGACUUGAAACGUGAUUUCAAAAAGGCCAAAAAGGAACACAAUGAAGAUGAAGAGUUGAAAAUUGCUUCAAUAAAGAGUAAGUUUCAGGAUGAUUUGACAACUGCUCUUCCUGGUGUCAAUUUUGAAACCACCACCGAAAAUCCAUCCUCGGUUUAUGAACUCAAUGCAGUAAUAACUCAUAUGGGAGCCAGUGCUGACGGUGGUCAUUAUAAAGCGUAUGUCAAGGAUCCUAAUGACCUUGAGGGCGAAAACUGGUGGCUUUUCAAUGAUGACAAGGUGAGUUCAGUAUCAAGAGAAAAAAUCGCUACAUUAGCAGGUGGUGGUGAAAGUGAUUCAGCAUUGUUGUUGAUUUAUAAAGGAUUAGCGUUAUAG